GAGGGAUUGGCAAAGAGGGGUGGGGGCCAGUAGAGGGAUUGGCAGAGAGGGAUGGAGGACACUGAGUGGAGGGCAGUGGAGGGAUUGGCAGAGAGGGGUGGAGGCCAGGGUGGAGGACACUGAGUGGGGGCCAGUGGAGGGAUUGGCAGAGAGGGAUGGAGGACACUGAGUGGAAGCCAGUGGAGGGAUUGGCAGAGAGGGGUGGAUGGGACGGUGGAGGACGAGCUGAGGCCAGUGGAGGGAUUGGCAGAGAGGGGUGGCUGCCAGGGCCAGUGUUGGUC